GAGGAGGGAACUUUACGUAUGAAACCGGCCAAACUACUCUGUUCAACGGUCGCGCGGUGGCGCGUGUUUUCGUUUAUUUUCCAAGUCAGUAGACGGCCCCACCUUUGUUCAAUUGUUUUGAUACGACUUUAUCAAACAAAAUAUUUCUUUUUUAAAACAAAGAAGUCCUUGAUUUUACGAUUAUGUACCUAAAUAUUUCUGAAUAAAACCUACCAUGUCUUGUAGAUACUACUUCUUAGUGCAUAGUUACAUACCUGUUCAGUGUUUGCCGAGGUGUGUUAGGUGCUAAGACUCGAAAAGACAGCAGUUAGAAUGAAAUACUAUUAGCUACUCAAUUCUUAACAUUAAGAAUGUAUUCUAAAGAGAUGGGAGUGCAAAAGAGACAUAGCCAGUUUAGUGACACAAAAUAUAAGUGGCGGACUGUGUUCAUAGUGUGCUUGUGCUUUGUGUGGUGUAACGGGCAGGAGAUGCGGUUGGGAGAGAAGGAUCCAUACUUGGUGAACAAAUCGUUAGGGCUCACAGAGUUGUCCGGUGGUGUUUUAGCGGGUGGAAGAACAGUUUGGAAGGCUGAUGGUAGUCCAUAUCUUCUCCGUGAUGAUCUGCUAGUAGAAAGGGAUGCCGAAUUGGUGAUAGAAGCAGGAGUUGAAGUCAAAUUUGCACCAAUGAUUGGCAUAACCGUACGCGGUCAAUUGGUUGCAAUUGGAGAACCUGGUAAAAACAUAACGUUCACAAGCACAGAAGAACCACAGAAGCAACCGAGGCCAUUUCCAGACAUCCGACUUGUGGAUGGACCGUCGAUAUUAGCAGGAAGAGUUCAACUCCGUCACAGAGGACAAUGGAGAUCUGUUUGUACAAAUUCAAGAAAUUGGACCAUCAACGACAUGGAAACGGCGUGCAGGCAAUUAGGCUUCAUGGGCGGAACGUUUUACAACUGGAUGGAUCGGCAGGCAGGCCGUCGGGCACGACUCUUACUCGAGGAACCCAAGUGUAAAGGCACUGAGUAUGACCUCUUUCAAUGCGACUGGAAUUCGAGACAACUAGGAUCUGGUGUUUGUGACUUUCACCCCGACCUCGGCAUCCAAUGCUUGCCACAUCAUGACGAUAAUGAGUUAGGACAUUCAGGAAUCCACUGGAGAGGCAUACGAUUCGAAAAUGCAGUUUUUGAAAGGAUUCUCACCGCCUCAAAUACUCUCUACGUUCCAACAUCUAUGUCUAGACUAGUGCACGUUGCUAUAAGAAAUGCAGGAAUGGGAAGAGAUAACAAUGCAACAAGUGCUUUAGACAUAAUAGGCGUACCACCAAUGAUGGUGGAAAUAGAAGUAUCAAACUCCGCAUUCAAUGCUAUAAACGUCACCGCACCCAACGCUCCAAUUAUGAUAAAUAACUGCACAAUACAAAACAAUAGAGGUUACGGUGUAUAUGUUAAUUCGACUUAUGGCAUGACAAAGAUCGAGAAUUGCCUGAUUCACGACAAUGGUGGGGACGGAGUCAAAUACGUAGUACACGAAAUGAAUAUAGACGAGAAGUUUGAUCGUAGUGAAAUAUUCGACUUAUGUACGCUCGCAUCUACACCGAGCCAAACUUUUCCUAUUCAGAUGUCUAUCGAGCAGUCGAGGUAUUCAAAUGCAGAAAGAGAUUGCAACCAAAAGUUUUAUACUCGAUCCGAUCAUGUACUUACUCUCAGUUUUUUAAAGAUAGUGACAAAUAAAAAUGAUACCGGUGAAAUUUUUGUUUACGAUGGCUUAUCAACAAAUGAUAAACUUUUGCUAACAUUCAGUAUUAGAAAUAAUACACGACCACAAAGUGUUACAUCAACGAGAAGCCGAAUGCACGUUAGAUUCCAUGCCAACACCAGAACUGAUAUUGUUGGCUUCCUGAGACUAACAUCUGGAAUCAGUAAAACUUACGAUUUGAAUGUUACAGACACAAUAAUUUCAGAUAAUAAUGGUAGAGGUGUUGUAAUAGAAAAUCUUCGAUCCCAAAUUCAUAUUCACCGUACAUCGAUAUCAAAUAAUAAUCAUGUUGCUGGCCUACAAGUAGUUAGUGGUGCUGGAGAUGUGAACGUUACUGAAAGUAGAAUAUCAUUCAAUCAAGGUGACGGCGUCAAUAUUACUGUAACAGGCGGUAAUCGAAAUAUCUCAAGAAGUACAAUAAGCUCAAAUCAAGGAUAUGGUAUCGCUGUUUGGAUAAACAACACUCAAGAAACCGAGUAUGUGCCAUUAAAUCAAACAACAGUUGUUGAAUAUUCUGAAAUAUUUAAGAACCUUGAAGUAGGCAUUUUACACGGAAACUUUUGUGGAGAGAGUUGGGUUAAUGUUACAGGGAAUUGGUUCAAUGCAAGUGUCGAAAGCACAGUAGACAUAUCUACGUGCUGGAGAUUAAAUGAUCCUAUAAAACUGCUCAAUUUACAGAUAGGGCAUAAUAGAUUCUAUCAAAAUCUACGGGUACCAAUAAGAAUUCAACCUGCGCUUAAUGUCAUUGGAAGAAUUGAACAGAAUUAUUUUGAACAAGGUGAUUAUGGUGCUAUUGCUAUUUUGAAUAGAAUCAAAGGAAUAUACCUCGAAGAAUUUGAGAUGUUACCUGCAAGAUUUCUUAUACAGCAUAAUUAUUUUUAUGGUAACAAAGGACCUUUUGUGGUAAAUCUUGGCCUAUCGCCUUACAGUGAUCUUCAAUACAUAUUAUUUUCUAGGAAUUUUCUAAGAGAUAAUAAAAUAAGGGAAACAUUUGAACCAAUAGAAGGCUUGUCUUCCAGACUUAUUCCGAGAAGCCGGGUUGCAGCGACUAUAGUUCUAGCUUCAAGUAAUAUUGAUGUUUACAGAAAUAUAAUAAAUAAUCCAGAAGCUCAAUAUGAAAUAGGAUCACAUGUAGAGGAUCAAAGUAAAAUUCUCAAUUGCACCUAUAACUGGCUAGGAUAUGCUGAAGAAGAAAAAGUUUAUAAUAGAUUAUUUCAUCGAAAAGAUAGAUAUAAUUUAGCGAAAAUCAUUUAUAUGCCUUAUCUACUUCAUAAUAGCAAUCCUGGUGCAACACAAAUAAAUUAUAAUUCACUCUAUGUGCCUCAGUUUAACAUUCCGGGUUCUUCAGUAGUCGGCGGUGAGGUGGAAGGAAUAGAAAUAAUUAGACAAGGAGAAUACGAUGUAGAUAAGGAUAUUAAUAUCCGUCCGGGUGGAAGGUUAAUCUUACAAUCUGGAGUCACAUUGAAGUUUCCACCUGCAAUAGGUAUUAUGGUUGCUGGUAAAAUUGAAGCAAGAGGAAAAAGACCCAAUGAUAUUGCGUUCACAUUGAAAGAAGAAUUCACUUUGACAAAUGAUAGUAUCUAUGAAAUUGAUUCCGAAAUUGAACCUACCACACCAGGUUACCAGGAACCGAUUGUGCCAAUAAGACUUUUAGGUGGGAGAACACCUCACGAAGGAAGGUUGCAAGUUCGUAUUGAUGGUAAAUGGGGAACAGUGUGUAAUUAUGGAUGGAAUAUACAAAAUGCAGCUUUAGUAUGUAAUCAAGUUGGCUUAGCUUUAAAUCCAAGUGAUUGGUUUUUGGAACCUAUUGAAAUACCAAGUGCUGGUAUGACAGAAGAUAUUAUUUUAUCUAAUGUGGAUUGUACGGAAUUUGAUAACGAUAUAACCAAAUGCAGAGCAGAAACAGUUGAAAGUUUUGAAAAUUCUUGUACUCAUGAUAAUGAUGUCGGUGUAAGGUGCUAUGAAACCAGUUGGGCGGGAGUCCGAUUUAGCGUUAUUGCCGAGAGAGCUGAUUUACAAUACGUAAGUAUUGAAAAAGCAGGUCUUUUAGAUUAUUCAUCUAACUCAUUUAAACCUGCUCUCCAAAUAGAUUUUGCGCGACACAGUCUAGAAAGUGUUAAAGUUGCUAACAACUACGAUGAUGGACUAGGAAUACUGUACUCCGAUUUAUAUGGCGUUGAUGCGAUUAAUACAGUGCGAAAUUCUGAAUUUAGUAAUAACAGAGGUAGUGGAAUAAGCUUAAAGCAGUUGGGUCUAAAAGUGUAUAGCUCUAUUAUUGAGAAUAAUAAUUUAGCGGGAAUUACCCACAAUCCACAUAUAACAGGACCCCAACAAAGAGAACUAGCAGGUUGGUUCAAUUUGGAUCCUGGGUUUAACAUGGAUGAAUCUAAUUAUCGGCCAAUAAUGAUACCCGAAUAUGAGACCGACAUAUCUUUAGUAAAUGGAGAAACAAGACAUAUAGUUUUUACAAAACACUAUGGUGAAAAUAUUGCAAAAACGUAUAACAUAAAAUGCAACCCUGGAUUCGUUCUUGGACUUCAACUGUUAAAUCCAAUACACAACUUCUCCACUGAAAGUAUAUGUAUAUACGAUUCGCAAAACAUUAACGAAGCCAGCGUUGUAUGGUGUCUGGAUCGUGAUUUAUCCACCUUUCCCACAACAAGUAUAACUUUUGGAGUUGUAUUAAAAUACGAAAGUGGUUUAAGGGCUUUAGGCAAUGUAGUGCUAGUAGUAACUGCAAUUGAAGCGCCUAUACAAAAUGUUAGAAAUAGAAUUAUAAGCGGCCCCAUUCCAACCCUUCAAGUCGUUAAUACAAAAAUCAAAGGUAAUACAAAAGGCAUUAAAGCUUCAUAUUAUAACCGCUUUUUAAAUGAAAUUGGUGACCACUUCUUACGCAAAGCUAAUGAAACCAUGAAAAUAUUUAACUGCGAAAUAUCACAUAAUACAGAAGAAGCAAUUUAUAUCAAUACACCUUUUUGGGAUAUUCAUGAAAGCAACAUAACAGAGAUAACAUUAAUGAUAAACAGCAGUCUGAUCACAGACAAUGGAAAAGGUAUACAUCAUUUUGCCCGAGAUUUAAGAAGCUCCAAUAACUUAUAUCAUUAUGUAAUGCAAGAUAACACUUUUGAAAGAAAUAAAUAUGGAGGCUUCGACAUAAGUUUGCCAUAUGUCUGGAAAUAUAAUGAAAACUUAACUCAUUCGGUUUAUUUGCAUAACAACACUUGGCGUAAUAAUAACAAAUUUGGAUUUGUUAUAGAUGGGCAUUUUGCCUUAGUUAACAUAACGAAAAAUAGUUUCACCGAUAAUAACUGCAAGACGGGUCUCAUUUCUAUUCGAGGAAUGGAAAAGAAAAUGAAAAUAGAUGGAAAUUUAAUAGAACGAAAUAAUGGACAGUUCAUGGUGCAGUUUUUUAUGGACAGUCAAAGUGAAAUAAUGGGAUUUGUAUACGCAGUCUUUGUGUAUAAUCAAGUUAAGAACAAUAAAUAUGAAAUGUUACUAAAUCGUGGUGCAUUAACGAGAAGUCUUGAACCUACAUAUGUUAUAGGAUUUAAGGGUAUUCAGAAGAUUAAAGUUACUAGAAAUCUUUUUGGAAAUAAUGCUUUACAAUAUACGUUAGUAGCUGGUAUUCGAACUGCUAAAAUCAAUAAUUUGCUCGAUGUUGUUGAAAACUGGUGGGGUAGUGCUGAUGAAAAAGAAAUAAGAAAUCAAAUAUUUGACUUUGAUGAUUGGAAUAAUCACGCAGUUGCAACAUAUUUACCGUAUUUACUCGAAGAUAGUUUUGAUUCUAGUGUGUCUGCAACGUUUAGUCCUGAAAGUACUGUUAACUUAGAUGAACUUGGUGGACGAUUGACAUCAGAUCUUACAUUAGACGCGCGUAUCACGCCUUACAUAAUUAAAGCAGAUAUAACAAUAAUGCCAGAUGUUACUCUUACAAUUAAUCCUGGAGUUGUUAUGGAAUUCGCUCCAAAUGUUGGUAUACUUGUAAUGGGCACCCUCCACGCACUUGGUCAUAGUCAGUUACCAAUUUUCAUGAAAUCUAAGUCAUUAUUUUCUAAUGGGGAAGCCAGUAAAAUGGAGAAAAGGGACACCAGCUGGUAUUCGUCAAGACACCAUAAACAUAGACGGCAGUUAGAGACACUGAUUGUUCAGGACUCUAUUAGGUUAUGUACUGGUAGAAACUGUUCUAUCAGUGAUGAAACUAUGGAGCGAAAAAAUGAAGGUUUCUUAGAAUAUUAUAAUAGAACUACAUUACAGUGGGUCCCUAUGUGCGAUAAUCGAUUUACAGAACGAAAUGCUCAAGUAGUGUGCCGAGAGCUAGGCUUUGAUCCAAUUAACGUAUUUUUUGCACACGACAGACGAGUGGAAUAUCAUAGUAAUUCGCUCUCUCGUAUAUGGUCAUGGCCCGAACCAUUACAAUGCGUUGGCACAGAAGAACAUUAUGAAGACUGCCCAAUUCGUCUUAAUGGUCAACUUUACGGACAUCGGCAUGAAUGCAAAUGGGAUUCUGAUUUUAUAUUUAUUCAUUGUGGUUCAAGAAAUCUAGACGAAAAUCUUGACUAUUGGGGUGGAAUAAGGUUUACUAAUCCAGAGUUUGAAUAUUCUCUCUACGAACAUAGAAUUCAUGAUCACCAUACACAUGAGACCUUAAAAAAGGCUGAAAGUCAAUUAAAGCACUUGCAAAUUAUUGGAGCGGGUAUAUUGCAUAAUGAAAAAUCCCCUGCUAUUCAAAGUGUCAUAAAAAAUCCAAGCAUUGAAAAUGUCAACAUAAGUAAAUGUGCACACCAUGGCAUUAAUUUGAUAUCACCCACGGAUACAAUGAGUGUAUCUUUCAACUCUAUAAGUGAUAUAUUAGGAGAAGGAGUCAGUGCUAUAUCUUUGAACGGCGAAGGUAGAGAGUCAGAAGAAUCGAGCUUCACACCUUUAAGAGACCUGAACCUCCCUUAUCAUUUGUUUUCUAUGAUUGACAUAUGUGACAGUUCGAAAGUUAUAUCUGUAGAAGAAAGGGUACUUAUUUAUUACAAAUACGACAACAAUCCAGUAAACUGUGUAAAAAUUUUCAAGAGCAUGUUCAGAGUAAAGCCUUUUGGGUUUAGGCUGCUACAGUUCAAUUUAUUCAAUCAUACUCUUAACUAUGGAAAACGAGAUUCAAUCACACUUUACGAUGGAGACAUUUACAAUAUAACAGCGCCUCAGAUUGGCUAUUUAGAAAAUGGAUCGACCAAUGAAAAGAAGCUAUUUAGAACCGAAAGCGCAAGUUUAAGUGUCAAACUGUUCGCCAACGGUGCUUCCGCAGUGCACGGAUUUAUUGCUGAAAUUGUCACGCUCCCUAUAUCGGCUAUUGGGUUUAAUCGUGACGUCCAGCAUAAUAUAUCAAACACAGAAUUUAUCUAUAAUCGCGAUGGUGCUAUCACAUAUCAAUCUGUUGGAGAAGUCAAUCCUUUAGUGGCCAUCUCUAGGAAUGAGAUCUCUCAUAACUGCCUUAAACUUUACGGAAAUUUUACAACAUGCCAAGCUGCUGUAAGAGUAGAUGUACAGAACACACAAACUUUAGUUUUUAGAAACAAUUUAGUGCGCCAUAACGUUGGUGGAUUACUAGUCAGAGCCGAUUCAAGAAGCUCAGCAACUUCACUACGCGGUUGGAUUCACAACAACUUAUUUUUGUCAAACCACGACCUCCCAUGUCUUAAAGUUGAAGGACGUCAAUCGUCGCCGUACCAAGAAGUAACAAUCUAUCGUAAUUAUUUUACCCGAAACCGAGCGAACUAUACAGACAUCAUUGUGCUUCGCCAAGUGGUAUCAAAUUUCACGCAUAACUACGUACACCGAAAUACUGGGCUCAGGAUUUUGGAAGUGUCUGGAUUCCACAAAGUGCGCUUGCCGAUCUACCAAACGACAUCACAUAAUGGUUUUUAUAGAAAUUAUGCCUUAGAUCGUGAUGGUAGGGCCACAGUAGUGGCCGGAACAGCUGGCCAGCAUUACGUUGAUAACAUCUUCUUUAACCCCGACAACGAUUACGAGAUGAUUACUGUCAACAGAUCCAUCUUUGUCGAUUUUAACCCAAACCAUAUGAGCGCACUCGACUUAUGGCGUACACGUAUAGACGCGAAACAUAACUACUGGAGUUACAACGAAAGCCUUGCUGUAGCGGGCCGUAUCAGAGACCAGUCAGACAACCCUUUGCUACUUGAAGUGGAUUAUAGGCCAUACUACAUGAACAAUCAGACUGUGUUGGGAGGAGGGAAGUGCCCACCAGGAUGGGAUCCAGUAGCCGGAACCUGCUAUAUGUACGUGGGUGCUCCCAUGACAUAUGAAGAGGCGAGGCUUUUCUGCUUGUCUGACAACUCUUCCAUGCCAUACGUGACCGGUAACUACGACGUACUCUACGAAUUCAUACAACGUCAGAACCAAUGGUUUCAAUAUGGAGACAGGGUGUGGGUUAAUCAUAUCGACUAUGUCACUCAGUGCACGUCUUUCGCUUUCUCAAAUGUUGAGAUUACGGAUUGUAAUCAGAAGAACACUUUCAUCUGUGAAAUCGAUCCAAAGAUAACUAUCGAUCCGAUGUCGUGGCGUGGAGAUACAUUAGCCGUGGCAUUCGUUGGAGUACUUAUUGCAGCGGUUGUUUUAGUCGGGGCUGCACUUAUCUGCUGGUAUUCCAAAUCAAAGCACAGACAUCUUCAACGAUUGGAACGACGAAACUCUAUUAGACAAUCCCUACACUCUGUCCGCUCGAUCGGCAGCAUUAAUGGAGGAUUCCCUGAUACGCCUUACAGAAGGAAAAUGACCCAAAUGAGUACCCGCUCAACCGAUACUCUAACAAAAGGCUCGGACUACAGAAAGAUGCUCGCGUCCACAGCGUCUAUGGAGUCAAUGGAAAAAAGUCAGUUCAACUCCUCCAUAGAAGACACCCAGAGCUUUGACAUUUACGAGGCGCAUAACCCAAAUAAUAUCAUCCAACUGAAGCACAGCACAUUCAACAAGAAACCAGCUUCACCAGAAUACAGUGUACCACAGAACGUAAAGUAUGACCUGGCGUAUAAAAACGAAGGUUACAGAGAGAAUUCCGGUGCAAGCGCUGCACCGUCUAUGAAUACUGUCGCCACUGAGGAAUUACCUAUUAUACAUCAUCCAGGUGGUUUAACAUCCCCACAGGAUGAUGAUACGUUGUCGCCAACUAGCGAUUCACAAUAUUUUACCUCGGAUACUCUACCUUUGAGAGGUAUCGAUAAAUCGGAUGAUCCGAUAUUCUUCAAACAGGAAUUAGAGAGGGAGGGGAAGAUAUUUGGGCCAUAUGGAGCGCCGAAUCAUGGCGGGCAGCCGAAGUUAUCGUUCUUGAUGGAGUUGAGACAAAAGUUGCCGGAACAACCUCAACCUGGAGCUAUGCCAACGACUACGUUUGGACAGAGGAAUGUUACAGAUGAACCUCAAUACUAUGACGAUAGAUUACCAAGUCCACUACAAACACCAGAUUAUCCUUACGACACUUCUCCACACUCUUCCCCUGACCUCUCAUAUCCCUCCGACUUCCACUCUCGCUCACGAUCCGAAGCAUUACUAGAAACGAAUUUCGAUUUCGAGGACUCGCAAAUGAACCCUCCAAUCUCAGAAGACAGCCGAUCUCAUAGUCAACCCUUGGAAACUGCUAUGUAGGGACUAAUAAAAUAACCAAAAAUCUAUUUUAAUCGUUAUUUUCUAGCAACAGGGUCGAAUAUUGAAUAAAAUGUAAAAUAUGACGUCAUCUUUCAAUUUGUUUGAAAAGGGUAAGUAGUAAAGAUUAUUUUACCCUAAUUGCCGCGUUUAAAGAUUAUAUUAUUUUUAAAACCACCGUCAUAGUAAUGUCAAAUAACCGUCUACCAGUGUGGCCUUUAUAUUAAACAAAUUAUAUAUAUAUAUUUUUGAAAUAUUUACUUUAUUUAAAUAGGAUUAAUGUAUUAUAGCCAUUGACAUAAAUAAUACAUUCUUUGUAUAUUGUCUAUUGUAAUUUUGCCUGAUAUUUAGAUUUUAAGUAAUGAAAUGUAACUAGGUAAACAUAAGUUAAGGGUGCAUUCAAAUUAGCCGCAAUGUCCCAGCAAACAACAGCGUAGCGCUGUCUUAAGAGUCAAGUAUACUCGUAUACUUAAAUAUUUUUGUUAUAUUUUUUACCUACAAUGCUUUAGCUUUUGGUAGAAGGAAAUUGAAAAUCAGAAAUACCGGGUUUGCGACUCUGGUCGUAUCAGGUGAUGUAAGAUCAAUUUUUUUACACGGUAUAGUUUUAUAUGCGAAAGUGACUCCUCGAUUGCUAGUAAGCAAAUUUUGUACUAAGGCUAGGUACGGACCUUGAGUUUAGGAAUCAGUUCUCAGUAGUUCUCAGUUCUAGACAGAAGUUAGGUAAUUUGGCCGAUAUAAUUAGUGUGAACGUAUCGAGCCCUAUUAUUCUCACUAGUAUUUGACAGAAGGCCGACUGGCGCAGUGGGCAGCGACCGAGUCCGUGGCCUUGGGUUCGAUUCCUAUAGCUGGAACAUGUUCGUGUGAUGAACAUGAAAUCAAU